AUACUGGACUAGAUACAGUAAUGCGAAUACCUUUUAGCCUGACAAAGAAAAAUAAAAUACCAAUCAGCUUUGUUGUUGAAGCAGCAACAGUUAUUAGCCUAAAACCAUCGUCUCUGAAUAUUUAGAACCCUAAUUCUCCAUACCUGUAAUCAAUUGACUAUAUUAUUGAUCUCCUGUCCAGAUGAGAAGAUGAUGAAACCGUAAUUCCCCAAAUCAGGAAGAAAGACGAUGGUGAAGUGGAUUCACAAUGAUCUAUCACACCUCUUGCCGACAGUAGUUAGUUAUGGAGCCUUCUUCUUCGUCAUCGUCGUCUACAUCUUCUGAAAGUAAAAAACGAGAGGAGAAAGUUGAAGAAUGGGAGGAUUUUGAGCAAGCCCUAGCUCGGCUGUGGAGUUUAUCAUCUGCUCUUAAUCAAGCCAAUCUCCGCAAAUUGUCUUUGCAGGAUCAGUUACAAUCACACUUACAGGUAGAGGCAGAGACAUUAAAUCGAUCAAAUGAACUUGAUGAGAUGCGCGAACAAUUGGAAUCUCGCAAAUUAAUGAUGGGAAAUACCUCAAUGCAGUCAAAGGUUGUAAAAGAGAAAGUUAAGAUGCAAGAAGAACAACUUGGUGCUGAAAUAAAAUCACUUUUAGUUGCAGGAUCUGCUCUUUCUGUCGCUAGUAAGCAUCUGCAGGAGGCAAAUGUGUCAUUGGCUGGAGAAAGAGGUUGCAUACGUCUCAAGAACUUGAAAAAGUUGCUAAGACUGAGGCAACAGUACAUGGUAUCACAAGUAUCAUUAAUCUAUCCCGUCAAAGUUAUGGUGGGACAUACACGUGAUCAAGAACUUGAAUCAUUCACCUCCGGUAGUAAGUCUGGGGAUCCUUCUGGACUAAAGCCUCUCGACCAAGGAUCAUUAACUAUUUCAGGUCUUCAUCUCUCCUUGCUCCCUUUUACGAAGAUGAGCUUUUUCACUAAUAAGAAGGAGGUUCAAAGAUCUGCAACAGCCCUGGGAUAUGUUGCACAUGCUGUGUCGCUUUUAGCUUCCUAUUUAGAAGUUCCCUUGCGCUACUCUUUACGUUUGGGAGGUUCUCGAUCAUAUAUACGUGACUAUGCACCUUUCGUAGAGCCAACAACAGCUGAAUUGGCAUCAAGUUUACCAUCUCCUAUAAAUGCGAAGCCUAUUGAAUUUCCUCUUUUUUUAGAAGGGCAAGACACAACCAGAGCAGCUUAUGCUGUAUUCCUUUUAAAUAAGGAUCUAGAGCAGCUGUUAAAUUUUAUUGGUGUUCAGAGUUUAGGGCCGCGCCAUGUUCUCGCUAAUUUGAGGGAACUCCUGAAGACCAUCUUAUCUCCAGAAUAUAUUGACACAUAACUAAAGGUUCAAACAAUUUAUUGUAAGUUUUUGUAAAUUUACCUUUCUGUAUUCUUACAAACAAUGACAAGGGUGCUAAAUUUUUUUAAGCACCUAGGCAUAGUCUCUAGAGUUAUGAACACCAGUUGAUAAAUACUUUGUGUACUCCAACCUUUGUAACUUGAUCGACUACCUAAUUAAAGCAAGUCAUGUUGAGUCAUGAAUUGUUGA